GCGACCAGAUUGUCAAAAAUAUACCACACUCGGGUAACACUAAAUAAGCCGUCGUUCUUUCUGUCACUAUUUGUCUUUCAAGAUGACAAAAGGUACAUCAAGUUUUGGUAAGCGGCAUAAUAAGACGCACACAUUGUGCCGUCGUUGCGGCCGGUCAUCGUACCACAUCCAGAAGUCGACUUGUUCGCAGUGCGGGUACCCAGCCGCCAAGCUCCGAUCAUACAACUGGUCCAUCAAGGCUAAGAGGAGGAAGACCACUGGCACUGGUCGCAUGCGCCACCUCAAGAUCGUGCGAAGGCGUUUCCGCAACGGAUUCCGCGAGGGCGGUCUGCAGAAGCGCAAGGAGACUAAGAAGGGAGGCAAUUAAACUGUAUAAUUCUUGGAAAUACAAAGUUUUUUAAGAAGCGAA